UUCAUGGCAGCGCUGGAUAGCAAUAUUGCGUCAAUUGCGCUUCCCAGGAUUGGAACCGAAUUUAGAGGAUCCAACCGGAUCGAAUUGGCAUUUACGUGUUAUGUCAUCACAUUUAAUGCAUUUCAAGGCCUUUAUGGAAAGAUGAGCAACGUGUUUGGCCGCAAACUCACGGUGCUUGUGGCGAUUGCCAUUUUUGCGACAGGAUCAUUCCUCUCAGGAGCCUCCCAAUCAAUGAAUAUGUUUUUAAUCUGUCGAGCGGUUGCGGGUGCUGGAGUCGGUGGUAUUUUUUCAUUAACUUAUAUCAUCAUUGCAGAUUUGGUCUCUAUUCGUGAUCGUGGUAAAUUUCAGGGCUUUAUUUCAGGCGUAUUCGCGAUUGCAGCCUUGGUGGGGCCUGCGUUGGGAGGAGCCUUUGUAGAUAAGCUCUCCUGGCGAUGGUGUUUUUGGAUCCAAGUGGGUCUUGCAGUCGUGACUGUACCUAUAAUGCUGAUUACAUUGAAACUACCUAGGCCGAGAGGGACCAUCUGGGACAAGAUCAAAAGCAUUGACUGGACAGGAACCCUUCUUAUGGCACUAGUAGCAGUGUUUUCAUUGUUACCCACCAAUCUUGGGGGUAAUUUGUAUCCAUGGAACUCGGCUUUAGUGAUUGUCAUGUAUUCAUUGGUGUUGCCGACCAUCACAGCAUUCUUGUAUGUCGAGGCUAAAUGUGCGGAUCAACCGAUCGUCCCACCAUACUUGUGGAGAAACCGCAAUGUGGUGGUAUUACUGUCUAUCAAUGUUUUUAUGGGAAUGACCUUCUGGUCCCUUACGUUUUACUUGCCCAUUUACUUUCAGAUCAUUGAGCACGAGACAGCGACUGUAGCUGGGUUAACCAUGAUCCCGCUCGAGGCUGGUAUCUUUAUUUCAUCCAAUAUAGCUGGGGCCUUGGCUACCAAAUUUGGAAAAUUCAAACCUUCUCUCUUUUUAGGAACGGGAAUUGCAGUCAUUGGUGUUGGCCUCUGUCUUGUGAUGGCUAACACGUCAAGCAAAGUGUUUCAUGUGGUCACCCUCUUUAUCUGUGGUUUGGGCAUCGGUCCACUUUUUCCUUGCUUAAUUAUAGCUAUACAAGCAGCUGUGGAACGAAAAGAUCUGGCGAUAGUGUCGGCCCUGCUCAGUUUUUUCCGAAUGACAGGAUCAGGAUUUGGUGUGGCGAUCAAUGGAGCGCUUUUUCAGAACCGGCUGAGUAACUCUUUAAAAGCAUCGAGCGUCCCUAGAGAAUGGGCCGAGUUAGCCACAGUGUCUGCACACAAGAUUAUCGAGAUCCCUGCGGAGUAUCGAGGCAUUGUGGAAAAGAUUUAUUUGGAUAGUAUGAAGACAGUUUUCAAGGCGAUGAUCCCGAUGACGGGGAUGAUGUUUAUAUUGACGUUUGGAAUUCAACAUGUGAGAUUGGAUCCCAAGACAACAACGCCUACGAAUCCUCAACAGCAGCAAGGAAAGAAAAAAGAUAGAAAUGAGGACAGUGAUGAUGAAAAUAUGGAGGUAGUAGUAAGUGAUAUCGAUGUAGUGUCUGUAAGGGAGCAAAACAAGGAAGCAGUUGAUGCUCGCUCAAAGUGAACCAAAAUUGGCACAUUCCACAUUAUUUGUUCUUUUUCUUAUUUUUUUCCGUUGUAGUUUAUACUUCACUAUCUUUUCUUUGCUCGUUGCAUUCUACCUCAUUCUCAUCAAUUCAUUCCCACAUAAACACUGCUAUUUUGAUCCGCACCUUCCCUGUC